AUGGCUUCCCAGGAGUUUGAGGUUGAAAGUAUUGUUGACAAAAGACGAGAUAAAAAUGGGAAUACAGACUAUUUGAUUCGGUGGAAAGGUUACGACCAACAGGAUGACACUUGGGAACCAGAGCAGCACCUCAGGAACUGUGAAAAAUGUAUACUUGAUUUUAAUAGACGACAGACUGAAAAAGAGAAAAAACUGACAUGGACUAGAACCAGUAGAAUUUUUUCAAACAAUGCCAGAAGAACUUCUAGAUCUACAAAAGCGAGCUAUUCUAAGAACUCUCCUAAAACGCAAGUGACUGAUAAACACUACAGGUCCAAAAACAACAAGUUAUUUGCUGCCAGCAAGACCGUUAGGAGAAAGGCAGCUUCACUUCUCUCUGACACACAGAAUAUGGAGAUAAUAAAUUCAACUAUCAAGACCCUUGCACCGGAAAGCCCCUUUAACGACCAGAAAAUUGUGAGUGACUUUCAGAAACUCGAGAAACUGUACCCUAUUGCAGCAGAUCAGCAGGACACGGUGGUCUUCAAGGUGACAGAAGGGAAACUCCUCCAGGACCAUUUGUCACGUCCUGGUGCAGAACAGCCUGGAAUAGAGAACAAGACUCAGAUACACCCACCAAUGUCGCAGAUGUCUGGCUCAGUUACUGCUUCAAUGGCCACAGGUUCAGCUACCCAAAAAGGUAUAGUGGUAUUAAUAGACCCAUUAGCAGCCAAUGGAACAACAGACAUGCAUACCUCAGUUCCAAGAGUGAAAGAUGGGCAAAGAAAUAUUACUGAUGACAGCAGAGACCAGCCUUUCAUCAAGAAGAUGUACUUUACCAUAAAGCUAACAGAAAGUGCCAGCACAUACAGAGACAUUGUAGUGAAGAAAGAGGAUGGAUUCACCCAGAUAGUGCAAUCAACUAGAUCCACAGAAAGAAAUGCACUGAAUACAGAAGUAAUUAAAGAAAUAGUUAAUGCUCUUAAUAAUGCUGCUGUGGAUGACAGCAAGCUCAUGCUGUUCAGUGCAGCUGGAAGUGUCUUUUGCUGCGGUCUUGAUUUUGGGUACUUUGUGAAGCACUUAAGGAACAACAGAAACAGAGCAAGCCUUGAAAUGGUGGAUACCAUCAAGAACUUUGUGAAUACUUUUAUUCAAUUUAAAAAGCCUAUUGUUGUGUCAGUCAAUGGCCCUGCCAUUGGACUAGGUGCAUCCAUCCUGCCUCUUUGUGAUCUCGUGUGGGCUAAUGAAAAGGCUUGGUUCCAAACCCCUUAUACGACCUUUGGACAGAGUCCAGAUGGCUGUUCAACUAUUACAUUUCAAAAAAUGAUGGGUAAAGCAUCUGCCAAUGAAAUGUUAUUUGCUGGGCGAAAGCUGACAGCACGGGAGGCAUGUGCCAAAGGCCUGGUCUCUCGGGUAUUUUUGAGUGGAACUUUCACCCAAGAGGUUAUGAUUCAAAUUAAGGAGCUUGCCUCAUAUAAUCAAAUUGUACUGGAAGAAUCUAAGGCCCUUGUUCACUCUAAUAUUAAGUUGGAGUUGGAACAGGCCAAUGAGAGAGAGUGUGAGGUGCUGAGGAAGAUCUGGAGCUCAGCCCAAGGGACAGAAUCCAUGUUAAAAAUACCUCUAGUGGGUUAUAAGGCAGCCUUAGCUUCCCUCCCAGAAGGACACAGAACUGUAUGA